AUGGAGCUGGCAGGCUUAUCAUGUGCCACGGCCAUCGCUAAGACGUACGCACCAGAUCGCUUCUCGAAGGUGCUCGUCUGUUGUGGACCCGGGAAUAAUGGCGGCGACGGACUGGUGUGUGCCAGACACUUGAAGAUGUUCAAUUAUCUUCCUACCGUCAUAUAUCCUAAAAAACCGAUAAACCAGCUACUCACCAACCUUCUGCACCAGGUGAAAGAGAUGGAUAUAACAAGCUUCCAAGCAGACUGGACUGAACACAGCUUCGACUCAUACCAAUUAAUUGUAGAUGCCGUAUUUGGUUUUAGCUUCCGUCCUCCGGCUAAAGAUCCGUACGCCUCACUGAUUACAAAAAUAAGGAAGGCCGACAUACCGGUGGUAAGUGUUGACAUACCGUCAGGAUGGGAUGUGGAACGCGGCCCGUUAAGUCCUACAGAUUUGCAACCUGACUGUCUCGUUUCCCUUACUGCACCAAAAAAGUGCGCAAAAGCCUUCAAAGGGCGAUAUCAUUUCCUCGGUGGAAGAUUUGUACCAGCGAAGUUAGAGAAAAAGUAUGCUAUGUCGCUGCCAAACUAUAGAGGCACGUGUUGUGUCGUGGAUUUAAAAUGUUUGUAG